AUGUCAGGUCAGUUGGUUCAGUGGAAAAGCUCUCCAGAUCGGGUUAUCCAGAAUACCCCAACAAGAACAUCUCAUUCACCUUCUCAUUCACCUUCGAUAAAAAGCGAUAUGAAUGAAAUGAAUGUUUCCUAUGAUACGCCUGAAAUUCAGGCUGCAACCACAAACAGUAUCGAAGGAAGCCCCCAGUCAAACCCGAAUCCAGUCAAAUUUAUGAAUGCCAACGACAUCUUUCAGAAACCACUAAGGUUGCUCGAUGAGAGUCCACAACAUGAUGAAGAGUUGAAUAUUGAAGUCGGAGAUGGUGAUCGACCGAAUACCAACAUAUUGCGCAACGAAAGAACUCCUGACCUUGACCGAAUUUCAAACUUUUUCAAGAAUAAUCGGACUCCUGGUAAAGAAAAUCUUUUGACUAAGUACGAAAGCUCCGGUUUAGAAGACACACCUUUAUCGUCAAGAAGAAAAUUGACUUUCCACAAUUCAAAUAAUCUUCUGGAACCACAGAUCUCUGAAAGAUUAAAAUCAAAUACUGAAUUCUGCUCUUAUAAAGAAUCGAAUGAUGGAGAGAACAACACGUCUUUAGAGGUUACGGAAGCAGAUGCCACUUUUCUACAAGCGGCUGAACUUUCUGCUGACAAUUACAAUUGUUUAGCUGAGGAAGCCACAACACGCAAAAAAUAUAAAGCCGAUUCAAGCUUAACCGAGAGCAUACAAGAUAGAGAUGUUCAAAAAACUGAAAUUGUGGCAUCAGCAGAAUCACCUAAUUCAAUAAGUUCUCUUGGAAAGAACGGAACUUCCAAGGAUGGCUGGACCAUGAGGAGUAUAAGUGAAGCUUUCGAAAAUAAUGAGGAUGAAAUAAAGAUUUUCGGGGAAGGAGGUGCAAUGAGAAGCAAUAGCGAAUACCACUCAACAAAUGAUUCAAAAGAAGAAAAUAGCCAAAUAAUACGCGGCAGUGAAUUGAAAGCAGAAAACAACGAAAUGGGCAAGAAUCUCAAUGUUUCAAGUCAAAAGAAUAUGAAUAACUCAUCUACCAAUAUUGAAAAACGUGCUACAUCCGGUACGCCUUCAAAUAAUAAUGUAGUGCAGGAAACUCCAUCCAUUGAUAGUCGAAGCAAUAGAACACCAUCCAAAAGAUGGGUGUUUCGAUAUUCAAGGGACGAAACGGAGUUCAAUAGCAACAGAUCCACGCAAAUAGUCAAUAAUCCAAGAACACAGGAAAUGGCCUUGGAUAAUUUUCCAAUCAAUACACAAUCGCUAUCUAAGAGUUACAAUAUUGAUACAAAUAAUGAAUUAGAGACACAGAUAAUCGUUUCAUCGCUUUCGCAGGGCAUAUCUGCCCAGAAAGGCCCUGACUUUCAAUCUACUGGCCAAACAGAAGAAAUCAAAACUCAAAUAAUUAAUUCUCCUGAACACGAUGCUUUGAAUGUGACGUUACAAACCCCAGGAAAUAUUUCUCGAAUCAGCUUCGAGCCUAUCUUGGAAGUUCCUGAGACUAGUUCUCCAUCCAAAAAUGCGCUUUCAAAGCCCUCCAACUCUUCUCCCAUUCCAAAGGAAAAAGAUACGUUCAAUGUGUACGAGAAAGAAAUAGAGACAAAUAAUGUUUUUUCGAAUGAUAUGCAACGUUCCUUGAACGCAGAUAGUGGAGAUCAUGCUAUGGUAGAUGGUUCCUCAGACUUCUAUGAACAAAAGGAAAUAGCCGAUAGAGUAUUUUUACAACUCUCAGGGAAGCAAAAAUCUGACCUUGGGAACGAUAAAGCAGAAUUUUCGUCUCAAAAUGAGCUUGAUGUGAAAAGAGAAGGUACAAUUAUGAGCGAGGCCGAACUAACCCAAGAACUACCUGAAGUAGAAGAACAACAAGGUCUUGAUACUUCACCAAAAACAUUGGCAAAGGAGAAAUUAGUCACAACAGAGAGACCAAAGGGUAAGGAAACUUCACUUCAAAUUGACGCUGAUAAUACGAACUGUAAUCCAGAUGAACAAGACGACGCAGAAUUGCCCCCAAAAACCUUCACUGGACAAGAAGCUGGGGAAAAAAACUCACAAUUUCAAAAAAAAUCCAUAAGAUUAUUCCAGAAUGAAUCACAGGAAAUUGUUCAGAAUAGAAGAACGAUAAAGCGACGCCAAAAGGACACAAUAGAAAUCGGCGAAGAGGAGGAGAACAGAAGCACAAAAACAUCGCCUUCAAAGCGUUUGAAGAGAAGCACGGAUUCUGAACCCACUUCUGUCAAAAGAGAAGGAUCCAGCAGCAUUAGUUUGCAAGCAGGUAUUGAAGAAGGCGAUGAAGACUUCAGAAAGAAAACCUAUGCGUUUCCUGAAGGUAUUAGAGUUGAGGAUAGCAGUUUUUUAUCGAAAGACGACAUUACCAAUGGAAAUGCGGUAUGGUGUCAGUAUUCAUGGAAUUACAAAUUUUAUCCUGGUAUUUUACUAGAUAUUGACACUAAUCAAGAUAGUUGUUGGAUUUAUUUUGAAUCAGGAAAAUCAUUAACCAAAGAGGAGGACAUAUACUAUUUAGAUAUUCGAAUAGGCGAUGCCGUCAUUUUUGAUGGAAAUGAGUACAUAGUGGUGGGCCUAGAGUGCCGUAGCCAUGAUCCCAAUAUUAUAAGGUGUAUCAGAGGUUAUGAUACCGUUUAUAUGAAAAAGAAGAAUUUAAGCGGAUCUUUGGGGAAAAGGACCCUAAUCAAAGCAUUGAGCUCCAUAAGUCUCGACUUAAACGAAUGGACUAAAAGAGCGAAAAUCAUAAUGGAAGAUAAUGAAAGAACUAAAGGCAACGCAUAUAGAUAUUUGAGGCAUCCCAUCAGGGGAAGGAAAUCGAUGACUAACGUUCUGUCACCGAAGAAACUAACUGAUGAUGAAAAGGGAAUGAGAAAGCAUACUAGGAUGCAUAUUAACGACCAAGAAUUGAGGUGCGAUAACAAAGAAACUAUCAAAAAAAGUAUCAAAGAUUUAUCGUCAUCGCUUGGGGGUUCCCCAAGCCAACUUUUCCCUUCGGGAGAAAUCAAAAAAGGAAAUAUAUUUGAUGGAUGCAUUUUCGUUUUGACAAGUUUAUUUGAGAAUAGAGAGGAACUGCACCAGGUCAUUGAAUCUCAAGGCGGUACUGUGAUUGAAUCUGGGUUUUCCGUUUUGUUUGAUUUUCCUCACCCACCAUCUAAAUCCCUACUCAUUAAAAGUAGUCCGAAGAAUAUACACGAAUUGGACUUGAAGCUAGCUUGGAAACCUCACUGCUUAUUUACUGAUUAUAGGUUUGCUUGCUUAAUCACGAAGCGGCAUUUAAGAAGCUUAAAAUAUUUAGAAACUUUGGCGUUGGGAUGGCCUACACUACACUGGAAAUUUAUAAGUGCAUGCAUUGAGGAGAAAAGAAUAUUACCACGCUUGAUACAUCAAUACUUAUUACCUUCGGGAGAGAGUUUUAGAUUAUCUUCAGAUUCUCAAUCAAAGGGAGGAAUAAUUAAAUCUAAUAAUAUUUUCUCAUUUUAUACCAAAUUUUUACAGGGAUCUAAUUUAAAAGAUCAAAUGCACAAGGUUAAAAAUAUGUUAAAUGACUAUAUUAUAAUUAAAUGCGGUAGUUCUGAACUGGACAGUUUUAUCAAAUUUGCAUUUGCCUGUUUGGGCGCAAAUAGAAUGUUUGAAAUUGAUUUACCUAGUAUUGAGGUAGAAAAUACGGAGCCGUUAUUAAAUAUUUUAGGCCCUUUAGUCCUUCAGAUAGGAUCGACAUUAUCUGAUGAAAAUUUAAAAUUUCUCAUAUAUGUUAACGAAAGUAACGGGAAAUCUCAGAUGAGACUUCUCGAAAAAUUGAGAAGCCAACUAUCUGUAAACUUUGAUCACCUCAAAUAUAUAUUUCACACAGAAUCAAAAGAAUGGUUAAUCCAAACAAUAAUCAACGAGAAUACCGGUUUUCGCGAUACUGUCAGGGACGACGACAGAUGCGACACCAUUCCUGAUGCCGAUUACACGGACAGGAAUAUAUAA